AUGAAAAAGAUAAAAUUUCAACGACCUAGACCCUCGCAGCACACCGCCUGCUUCAUGGACCCGACUGCUGCUUUUAGUAUAGUUCACAACAUGCAUGUUCUACUCUUAAACAGUAUUAACAUCGACACAUCUAAUGGGGAUCGACAAGCACCUAAAAGUUCACAAGUGCGACACCGCGGAUUCGUGGCGUGGUGGACAGGCGUGGCGGCGAGGGCAGCGAGGGCGGCGAGGGCGGGCGGGGGUGGCCGGCGAGUGUGGCUCACACGUGGCACGCGGGCGGAGAGCGCGCGGGCAGGCGGCCUCGCCACACGGCGCACUCUACCCCACUCGCCUUACCUGGAAAUGUUAAGGAAAUUCUUAUUGCCCUGUGCAACUUAUCACAGUCAUUUAGCUGCGCUAGCAUUGAUAAGUCUCGCUUUGACAGCGUCUUCUGUUUAUUUAUUUGUU